CUAAAUGAGUUUCAGCCUCUCCAGCAGGCUUCUCCAAAAAAAAUUGUUGUCUUUGCAGCAGAACCCUGAAGGUUUUGCAGUAGUACUGGACAGGUAUUUAGAACUGCUUAUAAUACAGCCACCUUGUCCAAGGUCCCAUUUCCAGCUGAAGAAAACAAAUCUUACAGCAGGAUGGUGCCACUACCGUACUUCACUAACGAUCCGCCUCCUCCUUACUACUCUGUCGCUGUGCACACACAGCCGCCACUCAAGUCUUAUGAAGAGGUGGUGUACGGCGUGGGCCCGGCCCAGAUCCCCGCCGACCAACCCCAUUACAUUCCUCAGUAUGCACCGCCUGUGGCUGCUCCCCAAGUAACGCAAUCAAGCUUGUCUCCUAGGAGGAAGACGAGGGGGUGCUGUAAGAAUAAUGCCCAUUGUUAUGGAGGGUCAUGCGUCGCCUUUACCCUCGCUGUCCUGCUGGCUGUUGCCAUCUGGCUUGGAGUCCAAUAUGGCGCCAGGGUGUUAUCCCAAGGGUUUAUCAACAAUGACGGGGAAAAUGAAUCUAUUAACGACACCCCGGCUGUCCUGAUUAUUGACAACUGCCCCAAUACUACCAUAGAGUGCGAUGGUAUCAGGGACUGUGAGCUGGGCUCUGACGAAAUGGACUGUGUGAGGUUUUCAGGGAGAAACAGACUGGAGGUCAGGACCUCCCAAGAUGGCCGCUUCCUUCCAAUCUGCUUCAGUGGUUGGAACCAGAGCCUUGGUGACCAGGUGUGCGCCCAACUUGGGUUUAGAAAGUCUUAUCGCAACACAAGUAUCACAUCCCAGGACUCCCUUGGACUCAGAGUGACCAAUAGAUUGUCUGACUCCAUCCAGGGUCAGGUUGAAGUCAGUUCCUCCUGUCCGGAUCAAAACACUGUCACCCUGGAGUGCGUUGAGUGCGGCAAGACGCAGACUACAUCUCGCAUCGUAGGGGGGACCGCUGCACAAAGGGGUCAGUGGCCAUGGCAGCUAUCACUGCAGUUUCGAGGCUUCCACGUGUGCGGAGGGGUCCUGAUCGCUCCUGAUUUUGUGCUGACUGCUGCUCACUGCUUCCCGAGGAGCAACCCCUCUAUGCUUUUGCCACAGUUCUGGCGAGUGUACGCAGGCACGCUGUCUCUGAGCAAUCUCCCUGAACCCUUCAUAGUGGAGAAGAUCAUCCUCAAUCCAAACUACAACAACAGGACAAACGAUCAAGACAUCGCUCUUCUCAAACUUGCAGCUGAGGUUAACUUUAAUGAUGAUGUUCACCCGGCGUGCCUGCCUGUUAACGCACAGCAAUUCCUCCCUGGCACAGCUUGUUGGACGUCAGGAUUUGGCACCACUGAGUCAGGAUCUAGUGUAGUAUCCAAUGAUCUGAUGGAGGUAACUGUGGACAUCAUCAGUACGCAAGUGUGCAACAACCCUCGGGUGUACGGCGGCGCAGUGACAGAUAACAUGGUCUGUGCCGGACACUUGGAGGGAGGAAGAGAUUCCUGUCAGGGUGACAGUGGAGGACCGCUAGUGUGUCAGAUUGAUGAUGUGUGGUACCUGGUGGGCAUCACCAGCUGGGGGGCGGGUUGCGCCGAGAUCAACAAGCCAGGAGUUUACACCAGGGUGAGCCGUUUUCUGCCUUGGAUCUACACCAACAUGCAGCAUGUGAGGCCCUAGUGGCACUUGUUUACCUCCAUUGAGCACUGCGCUGUGAAGCCGUCUUCAAGCAAAUAGAGGAUACUCAAUGUAAAACAGAAGACUGACAGACUCAAGGUGGUGGGGGAACCAGCCGCCACCACAUCAUCUGUCACGUUUUCAGCUGUGUGACUGUUUCAAUGAUGCACUGACUUGUCUAGCAUCACUUUCUGCUUCUGCCAUAUUUACCUUGAUGUAACACAAGCUUUCAAGAUGGCUGGCCGUCCUCCUUGUUUGUUCUGUUCAGGAGGGUUUUCUUCACUUUCCAGUCCAGUGGAUCCUCUACAGUAGAAUCACCCAGUUCAGCUGUGCCGUUGAACUAAAGCAGGCUAAAUGCCAUUUUAUCAUUCUUCCAGGAGAGUGACUUUUUGCAUUUUGACUGCAACUCUAGGCGGGUUAUUUUGGUAUUAUUAUGAGAGUGGUUUCUUCUAGAUACUCAAGAAUAUAGAUUGGUGUUCUCCAAAGCAAAAUGACACUAUCCACAGUUUAGAUUGUCAUCUUCAGUUUUAUUGGUUGGACCCUGGGUCAGUUUCCUCUCGGAUGCCUGAAAUAAACAUCUGUCAUGAAGUGUUAAUUUACAGUGCACACUUGUACCCGUGGUAAAGAAGUUGACCCCUUUACUUUUUGAGUUGCUCAAUUUCUGAACUUGUUGUAAAGGUAACAGACUUCAAAUCUGACCUUUUGGGAGUUUCCAUGUUUUUCCCAUCAGUCUGGGUUUUUACUGGGUACACAGAUUUCUUCCCACGUCCCCAAAACAUUCAUGGUAGGUUCAUUCAAGACUAUAAAUUGCCUGUGGCAGUAAGUUCUCUCCCCCCCCCCCCCCCGAAAUAUUUUAGAAUGCAGCAUGACAACAUUAUUAAAAUGACCUUUUUGUUGGAAAACUUUUUAAACCAAGACAACUUCUGUGGUGACAUGGCGCAUUGCUGGUUAGCACAUCUGCAUCAGAGGUCUGAGGACGCUGGCUCAAAUCUGGCCUAUGACGUUCUCUUUCCAGUGUUCAGUACCCUAUUUCCAAAAUGUAAUGAUUCAGGGUGGUAGCACUUCUAUGCAAAACAAUCCCUCCCUCAGUGCAGUUCUGUUAAAGUUUACCGCAAAUUAAAUCCAUUAUCCUUUUAUCUUGAGCCUGUUUUUAAACUUGCCAAGCUGUAAUAUUUUACUUCCAUUUGAAUUAAUUUGAUCUUUAUUUGCUAUAGGAAGAAUGCAUUUCUGAUUGCACUGUAGAGGUUCCACUUGAGCAAUAGAAGAUACUGUAUGCCUUUCUUGAGUACAUCUCAGACUUCAGAAAUUUAAAGGCCACCUUCAUGGUUUGUGUCCUCUCUGUAUGCGCACUGACUAAUUGUAAGUGUUCCUGUUUUUCCUAUUUAUGACCACUAUUUGAUUGAUGGUGCAGAAUCACAGCAUUGUCUACAUAUGAAUAAAUGAAACGUGAACCAG